AGGACAAGGAAUGAAAAUGUGAGGCCUGGGGUUGGUCUGUGGGGGUUUGGGGCCGGGGGGGCUGUGGGGUGAGCUGGAGAGUGCCGAGCUGGUCUCUGUUCCAGGGGGGCUGGCUGUGGCCUUGGGGUUUGUCCCUGUUCCCCCCUCCCCUCUCUGUGCUGAGCACCAUCCCCAUGCCCCAGGCACCAUGGCACAGGUGGGGCACCGGGUGGAUUACCUGGCUGGCUUCUGCUGCCCGGUGGGGGGGCUGGUGGCCGGCAAACCCCGCGUGCUGUGCCACGAGAGCGAGAUCUACCUCUGCAAUGGCAGCGAGUUCGUCUACAUCUACGACCAAGAGGGCAAGGUGCUGAAGGCUGUGUACAGGUGCCCCGACCAGGUGUGGCAUGUGGAGCUGCUGCCCCUGACAAGACAGCUGUACAUCCUCUGCGCCCACAGCGGCAUCUACUGCGUGUCCCUGGACCAGCAGAGCAGGUUAAUGGAGCAGACGGAUGGCGACGGCCAAGAAAGCAAUUGCCCUUCCGGCGUCUUCCCCGUGGACUCAGACGCCUGCAUCUUCCCAGACUCCAGCCUCUGCAUGUUCACUCUGCUCAACAACUUCGUCAUCACCCUGUCCCAGGCCCACGGCAAAUGGUGGAUGAAGCUGCACGAGCUGCCGCGCCCCGAGCAGGACAGCGCCCCCUACCGGCAGGUCAGCGAGGUGGGCUUCUGCCCCGGCCCCGCGCCCCCCGAGGAGGGAGAUGGCGCUCCGUCCCGCUUCCUGCCCGUGCUGUGCUGCGCCUCCUCCCCGGGCACGGCGGGCAGCGCGGAGGGGCCGUGGUGCUCGGGGGGCUUCGUGCUGGAAGAGCCCCUCUUCAGCUUGCUCUUUGGGAUCGACGCCGCCAUGCUGGAGUCCCCGAUGAUCCUGUGCGGCUUCCCGGACGGACAGCUCUGCUCUGUGCCACUGAAGGCUCUCAGCUCGCCGCCCGCCGAUGGCUGCCACGACGUCUCCGGGCAGGACCCCCCCGUGAAGAUCCUCCACCACUUGGAAGAGCCCAUCGUCUUCAUCGGGGCGCUGCGGACGGAGCGGCGGGCGGCGGAGGAGGAGGAGGAGGAGGAAGAUGACGCCGAGGACGAUCCGCUGUUUGGCGACGCCGGCUGUGACUGCGUGGUGGCCGUGGGGCACUACGGCAAGAUGGUGGCCGUCAAGGCAGACCAGAGGGAUGAGACAACGGUGCCGGAGCUCAGGGAGUACUACCUGCGUGGGCCCAUCCUCUGCGCCGCCUGCGGCAGCGGCAGCCGCAUGUACUACAGCACGCACUCGGACAUCUCCGCCGUCGACCUGGACUGGGUCAGCGAGGCCUCUGACCCUGAGGACACGGAGAGCUGCGGCGGCGUCCUGCCGCCCGUCCUGUCCCCAGCCAGCUUAAGUAUCUGUAGCGUCGUGGCCCUCUCCCUGUCCUCGAGGGCAUCAGAAGGUGAAUCAGAGCUGCUGGCCCUGUCUGCCAAAGGCCGCCUCAUGACCUGUGGCUUAUGCAGCCCCGAGGAUGCUGAUGUGGAGCUGACGCCUGCCGAGGCUGGCCGGAGGAUUAAGGCACUGCUGUCCGGGAUAGGCAACACCUCAGAGAGAGUUUCCUUCCUGAAGAAGGCAGUGGACCAAAAGAACCGUGCCCUGGCCAGCCUCAACCAGGUGAUGAACGUGAGCGCAGCUCUGCUGUCCAGCCAGGAGGGCCAGAAGCCCAUUGCCUGCACCGUCACUGCCAACUGGAGCUGCCUCCUGCUCCGUGACACCGUCACCAUCUCCUGCCUGCUGGAGAACUGCAGCGAGUACAGCCUGGAGCAGGGCUGGACCCUGUGUGUUCAGCUCCUGGCCAGCCCCUGUGCCUUAGAGGAGGAGUCUGUGGAUUCGGCCACCACCUUCACCUUCCCCAUCGACCAGCUCCAACCUGGGACCAAGCGGGAGCUGACGCUGCCCCUUGGCUCGACCACAGACACCAAGCUGGAUCUGCCUCUGACCAUCUCCUGUGCCCUCUACUACAGUUUACGUGAUAUCCUGGGCAGUGGCUCUGACUCACCCGAAGCCCUGGAUGAUCUCCUCCCGGACGAUUCGCCCAUCCUGUCCCCAGACAGAGAGGGCAUCUGCCUGCCCCUCAGCGAAUGCACCAUUGACAUGCUGCAGUGCCUGCACUUUGAGAGCAGCCCCCCCAGGCCGGACCCCUCCUCCAAAGUGGCUUCGCUGCCUGCGCCCCAGGAUCCUGUGGAGACCUUCCUGAGGGCAUCCAAGGAGCAGCCUGAGCCCGAGGCAGGGACAGCCAGCAAGCAGCCAUGUGCCACAGGAGAGGGCAGCGUGCCACCCUCAGCAGCGUCCAUCAGAGUGUCCUCAGAGCUGCUGAAGAACGCGCUGAAAGCCUCCAGCUCAGACGUCUCGCUGAGCUGCGCCACGCUGCGCUGGCUGCUGGCUGAGAACGCUGCAGCCACGGCGCUGAGCAGUGGGGAGGUGACCUCGGUGUGCGGUGUGGCUCCGGAUGGAGGAGAGGUGCAGCUGAUCAUCCGAGAGGUGGCCAUGAAUGACCUCAGCCCGGCCGGCCCCAUCCAGGCGGUGGAGAUCCUGAUGGAGAGCCCGUCCCUGGCCCACAUGUGCAGGAUGCACCAUGCCGUCAUCCGCCGCAUCCAGGCGCUGGUGCUGGAGCAGGCAGCGCAGGGCUCGGGGCCCCCUGACCUCCGCAUGCAGUACCUGCGCCAGAUCCAGACCAACCACGAGGCGCUGCUGAAAGAGGCGCGGUCCUUGCGCGACCACCCGCCCCUGACCGAGGAGGGCACGGAGAAGCUCCUGCAUAUCUACCAGCAGCUGCGUAACCCCAGCCUGGUCCUGCUGUGAGCAGCGGACCAGCCAGCGCGCCCCGGGGAACGGGGACGGUCCCAAGGAGGGGCAACGUGCCCGGCAGGAGGGCCGGCGGCCGAGGCGGUGGUCUGUGUGUGUGAAUGUGUCGUGGUCGUGUUGUCGGCAGCACGGAGGGGCCGUGCGCCCCGAAAGCCGCCUGGCGGCAGAGCGGGGCUCCUGGGCUGGCCCGGCGCUGCGCUGCCGCCCGGUGCUGUGCAGCCUCGUGGGGCGUUGCGGCCGCGGUAGCGUGGCUCCGUCCCCGCUGUGGGCUGCGCCCCCGUGCCGCCUUGCCUUUCAGGAUCAGGACAAACAGGGUGCUGUGCCAGGGUGCCCGGGGGAGCCCCGUUUUCUGCUGGGCAGGGGAGGGGGUUUUCCGCUCCCCCGUUGUUUCUAUAAAUGAUCUCGUAUCUCUGUGGCGGUGCAGCGUGUUUUGGGGGCUCGGUCUUUCCCCGCACUGCUCCGGUGUCUGUAAAUCUGUCGUCUGCCAUGAAAACGAUCGUGCCGCUCA